AUGUCCCCCACCACUCUCCCCCGACGCUACCAUCCCCACCACCACCAUCAUCACCACAUGCAAGAACACCCUCAGCAACACCUGUACCAGUCUCGGCACCGACAUCACUAUCGCCGCGAUGAUGUCCCCAUCUCUGGGGAAGAUACUUUGUCCCCUUCCCCAUCCCUGCCUUGUAGCCCCGAGCAGACCAACCGCCAUCACCACCACCUUCAUCACCAACAACAACAUCACCAACAGCAGCAACAACAACAGUCAGGUCAGCAGCCUAUGAGGGAGUCAUUGCAGAGUUUAAGAGAACACCAACAAUUGCAUAAACAACAGCAACAACAACAGCAUCUGUCGCCCUCGCCCCUCCCCCAGAGGGAGACGCCGAUCUCUGACGUGUCCGACGUAUCAGAGAUGGUAGCGGCUCGUCUCGGUUCGUCUCGGCUGAGUAUCACGUCUCGGUCCAGCUCGGGGGCCGGCGGCGCCCCCGGUGGCAAGAGGACGAACUCUGUCCACCAGUCACUGUCACCCGUCAAUAACCAGGCGCGGGCGUCGCCCCCCGUCGUAUCGCCCACUCUGUCGUACCUGCAACGGGGGGCGUCGUCGUCGCCGCGACCGCCCCCACACCCGGACGAUCAAGACGUGCGUGAUGACCGCGAUGAAGAUGACGAUGAAGGGGACGAAGACUUGUCGUUCCAUCGGUUCCCUCGGUACUACGAUGACCAGUACGGCGGGGGUGAGGGCGGGGAUGAGAGUGGGGAUGAUAAUCUCUCUCACGACUCCUACGAGCUCAUCGAGAGGGAGGAGGACGCCGCCUCCGCGUACGGUGGAGGCAGCCAGUUGGGAUCGCGGGUCCCAAGUCGGUCGAGCUCACGGGGCCUCAUCGGGUCCAUUUCCGGUAAUAUUUUAAGCAGCAGUCGCGAAGGUCUCGAGUGGUGCGAGAGCAAGGGCGGUGGUGACAUGCCCACCACCCGUGCUAACACAGGCAGUCUUCCCCGUAGUCACGGAGGCAGUGUUACUACUAUCACCAACGGGUACACGGGGAGUCUUCCUCGCACCCAUAGCGUAGGACAAGCCGACCAACUGAGCCGCACCCUUGCGGGGAGCCGUGCCAGUUCUAGGAUCACUUUGGAGCUGCCGCUAGAACCUAGCCCGGACAAAGGGGAAGAAGAGGAGAACAUGUCAAGCCCAGGCAGCCCCGAGUUCCACGAGAACUCCGUGUGUGAGAUCACCAGCGAGACUGGGUACGGCCGACAUCUUGGUACCAUCGCCAUCACUGACAACGUCUCGUUAUUUACGCCCCAACUUCCGCCGUCGAAUCGUCGGCCGUGUCUCGAGCGCGCCGAGAGUCUCACCGAAAGCGUCACGGGGGGCAGCGCAGCGCUCAGGUCGCGGUCCAACAGUCGGUCCUUCGUUAACAGGGUUGGCGGGUCCCGGGACAAUCUGGACGGGACCCUUGCAGAGUCACUGGCCACAGUCACGAGUCGAGUAUCCGCCAGCAUCAGGGCCGCCAAGGAGAUGGGCCAAUACGUGGACUAUGGGUCUUCACAGGAAAGCCUUCACAAGAUGAGCUCGUGUGAGAGUGACGUGGGUUCGUCCAUGUCUUCCCAGACUCGCUCCUCCACCACUCCACGACCCUCGGACUUCCAUCCACACGUCCAGUUCAUGCCAGCACGUCGCAGCACGUCCACCAGUCCUCCCACCGUCACCUCGGGGUCUUCUCAGGCUCGUCCGCGAAACAUGGACUUCGCGUCGCUGAACAAGAAGCCGCUCUUCCACGUGUACAGCAGCGGACGUGGCAGUGACUCUGGCGGCAACACCGACAGUGAUAUUUGCUCACCCUUGGAGGUACCGUUGCCGAUCCCUUCCUCCGAAGAAGUUCAGGAGGUUGACGAGGAAGACGAAGAUGAUGACGAUGAUAGCCCCUCACCAUCUGACGAUCGCGUGCUCUUCCUGCGCCGUCCCCCCGACAUCGGGUUGGUGACGCGAGUUCGUGGCAGUAGCGACGACGAAGACUUCGAACAUCGCGACAUACGCUUGAAUGACUGCGACCUCAUCAACGAUACUCACGAAGAAGAGGAGCUUGCGUGUGAGGAGAUCAUCCAAGAGGUCGAAGAUCUCAUCGGUGAGAUCAUCCUCGAGGAGGAUGAAGAUCUCGCCAGUCUUCACAUCCCCGUAUCAUCAAUGAUGUCCAUGGUGCCCGCCACUCGCAGGGAAGAUGACCAGAUUGUGGUUGUCAUCGAGGAGAAUCCUGAUCCUUUCUUGUACAAUUACCAAUCCAUGGCGCAGGAUCUAAAGGAGGAGUCACCGUCGAGUGUUGAAGUCGAUUUCUUGGACCUGGCCAAAGAACGCAAAGUGGACGAGAGUGAAGCUUCCGAGCGCACUGUGAUAGAACGAUACAUGCCAGAAGAGCGACUCAAUAAAGGAGGUUCCAAAGACAGCCAGAUGAGCAUCGAGGAAAUCGACGAAACCAUCAUGGAUCGAAGAUCUUCUCUUGGCUUGGAGCGCCGGCCAUCGUACCAUGAGAGUCGGAAAUCACCGUACCUCGACCGACGCCUGUCAACGCAAGAGCUCGACCGUAUAUCGCCGAUGCCUGAAAAAGAUCGACGUCCCUCGUAUCAGGAAGGCGGCGAGCGCAGGUCACCGUAUCUAGAAGCAGAUCGCAAAUCUUCCAUGCAGGAUUUGAGCCGACGAUCUCCUUAUGAUCGAGAUCGUACGCCCUCUAAUUCAUCCGAUCGCAGCCGUCGUGGAUCGGCUUCUUCAGAUCGCCGAAGUUCUGUAUCGUCAGAGCGACAUGGCUCUAUUUCAUCCGACCGCAGAGGGUCCGGAUCGUCAGAGCACAACAGACCUUCGCUCUCAGACAUAGGGCGUAGAACUUCAAUCUCGGUCGAGAAUGACCAGCGUUCGCCUUUCUUCGACACGCCAGCUUUCGAGUUUGAUCCUCCUGCAUUUGAAUUUGAGGAUGAGAAUGUGUUCGAGUCGAUGGAUCGGGAUGGGUCGUCUCCACAAAAUCCACAACCAGCUCCUAAAUUUACCCAUAGCCCACCGGGAAACGACACGGAGACUUCCAAGUCCCACCUUGACCACAGUAGGAUUAACAUGGACGAUCUCGUGGUGUCUCUCAUACCUACUGACGAUUCCAGCGAAACUUUCUGUGGGGCCAAAGUUGUUGAAGUGAUCGAUGGGGGCUCUUCCGAUUCUUCCGACACUAAGAAAGACAACGUCUCUAAGCCAUCGAAGCGUCAGCCUCCGCCUAUCGCGCCUAAACCUACUGCUAAACUUGCUUCCGCUAAGGGCUCAAAACCAACCCCUCCCGUUGGAAAGCCACUAGUUACCUCCACCUACGAAGAGGUCGUCCUGCACAACAAACCCUCCAAGAAGACCCAACGAGACGUGAUCAUCAUAAAAGUUGACGUGGAGCAAUCGCCACAGGAAUUUGAAACAGCGAGGUCUGAUCCUGACGAAAAAACUAAGCGCAUCACUCCAAAGAUUGAAGACAUGAGCGGCAGCUCCUACGAAUCCAAUCAGGAUUCGCAGGAAAAGUCCUACAAUGGCGACAUGUCCUUGGAGGGCGCCGUUGGUGGCGGCAGCUCGCAGUACUUCUACGAUGACGAGGACGACCACGCGCAGAUGAGCGACCACUCGUCCCAGUCACCAGACCUGGUCUCGGAAGAACCUGACGAAUACCACGACGAGUACCAGGAACCUGACUACUACCAGCCCUACAGACAGAUGGAAGUUGGGUACGCCUUCCCGUCGCGAACCCUAUCGCGCAUCAGCGAACGUUCCACGACUUCUGAACAGGAGCAAGAGCAAGACCAUUUGCACUCCGAGCAGGAAAACAACGAAACCACGGACAGCAAAAUAUCCACGCCGAGCGAAGACAAACACGGGGUUGACCACCCCUCUGACAUCCCCUCGGAUCUCUCGUCAGAUUACUCUAAUUCUAAUUGCGAAGAUGCCUACAGCGAGUCCAACAAACAGCAGUCUCAGUCACAGUCCUUGUCUCAGUCGCAGACCAAGUCUCACUCACACUCGAGUAGUCACCAUCCUUCUUCAGACGUCAAGGCUCCCCAUCAUUACAGCACCCCAAGCAACUCCGUGUCUGCACAGCCCUCAGCAAGCGGCGGUAAACUCACCGUUGAGGAGCAGGAAAACGUCAACAAGUUUGCCACUCAUCUUUUCUUGUGUGACUUGCCUGAGUUUUGUGCCGGCGAUGACAGCGACGAAUUUCCUUCUCCGCCAAGCUCGGCCUUCCUCGAGAAUCCUCAUUCGGAGCUGAGGAACAUCGAGUCCUACUACUUGGACAUCGCUAAGCAGACCAAGAACUCGAAGCUCGGCCAUGAGGGUAUCUAUGACAACAUUCCCGUCAAGUUCGAGGGUAUCCACGAAGUGUCUGAGUCCGAGUCUGGUUCUGAGGAGAACCACACGCUGCAAGAGCCUGAGGAUGACCUAGAGGUUCUAGAGGAGCUGAAGAAUGUGCAGGACUUGGAUGACGAUGGGGAGAUGGGCCGAAACACCCCUACUCCUCUGAGACCAGAGGAUGAUGAGCCUCCUGCACCCCCGCCCCAUGCCACCAUUAGGGCUGAAUCUCCUUCACCACCUAUUCCUCCACCCAGGGCACCGGCCUCUAUACCCGAACCGGGGCCUUCCAAGGGGACAAGCCUUUUGUCAGCAUCGGGGGGUGGCGGCUUGGCAGGGGUCGUUGGGACCGUCUUCGGCGUCAAAAAUAAAUUGAAGAGCAUGUCCCCAAGUCCUCCUGUUUCUCCAUGUCCUCCUCUCUCCCCUUGUCCUCCUCCGCAGUUCAGUGGACCCAGCGAUGCGUCGUCGAGCAGAGAAGAUCGUCGGCAUGACAUUCACCUCCCAGAUUUACCGGGAAGUCCACCUUCCCUCUCCUCUCUGGAUUCCCCCGACUCCCAGGCCCUCUCCAGACUCCACCCAUACCUCCCCAUGCUCCCGUCCACUCCUCCAUCGGUAUCCUCCCUCGACUCCCCGGACUCACAGAUCUUCAUCGUACAGCCCGCAAGUCCUCCCGCGAGUUUUGCGAACCCCGAGUCCCCAAACGAGUCGAUCUCAGAAGCAAGUCUGCGUACCCCGGGUGCAGCGGGGGGCGUGGACUCCAUCACUGAGUCCACUACCCUGUCCACCGAGGACGGAGUGAGACGUGACCACAUCACAACGACCGCCGUCUCGGCCGACGACCUUCGUCGGCAACAGGAGCUACGACAGCUCGACCUCGUGGACUUCGGGCAGCUACCGCAGGACUUCAUGGAGUUGGACUUUACGAGCCAAAAACAGAUCGCGGACUUGGAACUCGCAGACUUCGAGCACCAACAAAGUCUCUCGGGGGCAGAACUUGCCGAGUUUCAGCAACAACGAGAAAUGGCAAACCUGGCCAUUGCAAAUCUAACCUCCCAGGGGGAACCCAACGAUUUUGACCUCUCCCCUACCAGUCCCUUCGACAUGCUGGACUUCAGCGAACUCACCUGCGCGGAUUCCCGGUCUGGGGAGACCCUGGGGGCCGGAGUGACGGCCCUUGAUUUCGAGGUGAUAGGUGGGGAGCUAGAGGAGGAUGGGAGACGACGUCCUUCAGCGUCCAGGGACUGGAGCUAGAGACGGGACGUUUUCCUCAUGGAUGUUAGAUAUUUAUAUAUAUGCGUCUCUGUGGAUGAUAUACGCUUUCGAUGAUGAUGAUGAUAGUGUUUCGUACUAACGCGUCGUUCGUUGUAAUUAUAGUACGCUUAUGUCGUUACUAAUCAUUCGUAGUGAACUUUUAUUUAUUAGCUCUUAUCUUACGACUCUUAAUCUUUCGUAUUGUGACAUGAAUUAAUAAUUCUAAUGACACUUCUUAAUAUUUAUUAACCGUUAAAGAUAAUUUUAAAUCUUCAAUCUCGUCAUCCUAUGUCGUCAUUCGUACCAACCUCUCGCUUCAGUUG